UCAGAUCUCGAGUCAUCAUCUCCCUUUCUUGCCAUCCCCCUAGAAACUCGAAGAUAUAUCUACGAAUUGAUGCUCGCACUACAGUGGCGCGACCACUUGAGUCUCAUUUGCGUAUGCAAACAGAUAUACGGAGAAGCGAAGGAGUCUUUUUUCUGCAGGCCGCUAACCUGUCGCUCUCAAGAGGAGUUGAUACAUUUUGUGAGCAACCGACCGAAAGGACUGCUGCAAAUGAUCACAAAUAUCUGCCUUCAUCUACAAGAGGUAGAUGCAGAAGUCAUGCAACCAUUUCUUGCAAGGAUCUCGGUUGGCAUAUCUAAUGCACCCGAUCAGCACCCUUAUUUGAUAGAAAUCAAUCGAAUUACCAGCGCGCUCUCAAGGAUGCCCAACAUUGCCGAAUUUACUCUUCUACCACCUCUCAACCUUAGGCAAAGCGUACCAUCCAGCACACUCGUCAAUGGUCUCUUAGAGUGGACGACAGCGCGGUAUCCAACGCUUCACAGAUUGAGGAUCGAUUUCGAUGCCUUCCAUUUAGACAGCCUUGCAGCCUGUAGAGAGCUACAUUCACUACAAUUAGCAGGCUUCUCAGAAACAGAUGAGGCGCGCGCAGCAGAAAUCCUCAGUUUGCUGGGUUCGAUUGAGAGUCUAAGCCUCAUCGGGCCCCCAAGAGGGUUGCAGAUGAGGCAAAGUCAUGGGCACCAGGGCAAAGUCAUCCAAUCCAUAAGUCACCUCGUUUUGGAUCGUAUUCGACCUUUAAAGCGCUUAGUGAUCAAGGAGGCCACUAAAGUGAGCUUUGGACCCAUCUUCCUGACUUCGAGGACGCUCAGGAGCAUCUAUGACCACCACUGUGAAAGCCUCCGGGUACUACAUAUCUCAUCCAGCUUGACCCCAGAUGCAACAUUCACGACAUUUCUAGAAGCACUCCUG